AUGGUCUUUUUACGCCUAGAAGUCCGGGUGUACCCCCCGGAGCAACUUCCAGGGUUUCUGCGCUCGAUCUUGCCUGGUAAACGACCGGAGUCCGAGGAAACAAACAAGCAGAAACCCUUCGCGGGGCUUUUAUUAACUCUGGAGAAGCCGGAGGACCUUACGAUGGGCGAUCUCGGCCGCCUAAUAAAACAGAAAUGGGAAGCAAUUCACCCGAACUCGCCCUUGGUGAUCAAGAAGUUACUCGACGAUAAGAUGCCCGCAGUUGACAUUGAAGUGGAGACCUCUGUCCAGGACGUAUUUGUUGAUCGCGGAAAAGCCCGUGCAGAUGGCCACGACCAGCGAGGCAUCGUUCGUGUGAUUCAAAAGCCUUGCGCUCAUGCCCCCGAGCGACUCCCUUCGGUCGAUCUCGAUUUCGAAGCCGCCAGCGAAUCGUUCUCUCGCAAACGAAAGCAACAAACUCCCGAGAGCGAUGUACCGUCUAAGGAACCUCGACUGGAGGGCCAAACUGGACGAUCAACUCUGGAAGCCCCGACAAGCCCUGGCUCGACACGGAGACGGGAUCUUGGCCCCUCGUGGACCAGUCCCCACCGGAGGCCAUCGAACGUGUCCCCGCCUAACGGCAGAGGACUAGGGCUCGGUGUCACUAGUAGUCCUCCGAAACGAGCCGCCCAAGAUCGUCAGCGCCGUGUUUCCUUCCAACCUGCAGGCGACGAGGAUACUCCGAGGGCCCGUAAAGAGCCACAGUCUUCCAUAAUACCAAGCAGUCAAGUCUCUGCUCCUCCUAGUAGCCAGGUUUCAGGAAUGGUCUAUCCGGCCGAUUUAGAAAUGAUUCAGGAGUUACAGAAGAGAUGUGAGAACGAGGAGCGCGAGAUGAAUUUGGUUGCGCAAUUAUUGCAGGAUCCUAAAACGCAUGCAUCAUUACGUCCCACCUUACUGAAGAUGUCUGAUAUCUACGAUAUCCUCAAGGGUCGAAACAACGGCAAUGGCAGGAGCAAGAGAAGGAAGAGUGGAUUGGAGAGAGUAACUCUUGAAGCUUUACGCAUUGAAUUACAGGAGCGCGAGGAGAAGCUUGCGGUGAAGUCGUCACCACCCGAAAUCGAGGAAUCGGUGGAUAUCUGCGAAAUCUCAAAUUCUGACAUUGAGGGCAUGGGAGCAGUCCAUGGAAACGGUAAUACCGAAAAGGAACAAAUCGACAGCGAUGAAGAGAUGGUGGAUGCGGAACGAGUUGUAGCCAAUGGUAAGCUUCAACCCCCGGACAACGCAGCAGAAUCUACCGAUGAAUCGAUAUCGGAAUCGGAAUCGGAAUCGGAAUCGGAAUCGGUAGAGGAGUCGACCGACGAGUCGGAGGCGGAAGAAGAGCCCCCAGUCAAACCAUCUGUGAAGAAUGGAAAGGCUGAAGCCGAGGAUGAGGACGAAGAUGAAGAUGAGGACGAAGAUGAAGAUGAGGACGAAGACGAGGAGUCUGCAGAUGAUUCGGAAGCGGAAGCCGAACCCUCAGUCAAACCAUCUGUGGAGAACAGGGAGGCCGAGACCGAGGAUGAAGAGGACGAUGAAGACGAUGAGUCCGCAGAUGAGUCGGAAGCGGAGGCCGAGCCCUCAGACAAUCCAUCUGUAAAGAAUGGGGAGGCUAAGGCCGAGCAUACCAUUGACGAUAGUGAGGCCGACGGCAGUGACAAUGAUGACACGCUGGAUUCUGCAGCACACAACGAAGAAAAGCCAUCUGUGAAUGGGGCUGGUGUUGAUGGCGAAGAUGACAAAGAUGAAGACGAGGAAUUGGCCACAGGCGAUCCCGUCAGUCAAUUAGUGGAUGAUGAGGCUGCGGUUGAUAGUGAAGAAGAAGAGGAUGAAGAGGAAGAAGAGCAAGAAGAGUCGACCGACGAGGGCAGUGACCAAGAAGACGACAUUAAAUCUAAGCCGGAACAACAGGACGAGACUGUCGCCGUCGAAGUCCCGACAUCAUCGCCCGUGAAGCUCCCUGAGACCAACAAAGUCCAACCACAGCUAGUCCAAGACAGCUCUUCAGAAGAAUCAGAGAGUGAAGGUGAACUGGACGCCAGCUUUAGUCUUCCUAAAUAUGCUUCUCAUGUUACUCCUGUUGCUCACGCUCCCGUUGCCAACUCAAUUGAGCAGCUUUCAUUGUCGCAGAAAACUACUCCCCGAGUGACACCGAGAAAGACUUUGAAAGACCUCCUUUCAGAUCAAAAGGCAAAGCAGGCAGCCAGGGCGAAGCAGGCCCCAGUACAGCCGCCGAAAGUUACCAAAUCUAUCCCGAGAGGUGACAUUUUCGAAGUGUCCGAUUCUAGUGACGAUCAGCAUAGCAGUGACAGUGAUGGUGAUAUCCUCCCUAACGGAAAUCUUGCAAAAAGGCCCAAGGCAUGGUCCAGAUAG